AUGUCAAAGUGUACCAAAGUAAAACGCCCAUGUAAAAUUUGUCUAGGAACUGUAACGAAGAGGAACGGCUUACAAUGUCAAGGAGCCUGCCAAAGUUGGGUGCACUACAACUGUUUAAACUACACACCCGGCAAAGUCAAAGAUAUAAAGAAUGGUGUCAUCAAAGUGACAUGUCCGUGUCCCGACUGCAAGACUAUUAUGCCAAAGGAAUAUAGAACAGACCAACCAUUUAGCUGCAGCAACCAACAGUGUCCAGCAAAUCGACCUCCAAAAUGUGAAAAUAUGAGGUGUCCAAUAAACGAUAAUGAAAGACGAGCAGUUCCUAAACCGACAUGUCCUCUUAGCACAUGUGGCACCAGCUGCAAACAACACAGCGUACCUCAGCUUCCUUACGUAAAUUUACCACUACCUCCGAUGAAGCCGUGUGUACCCCUGCCGCCACAACCGAGACCUGCACCUUCUAGAUCAGAUAGCUGUUUCAACCCAAACAAAUGUACUUCUGGAUGUUCAUCCACAUCCGCUCCUAAAAGUGACGGUGACUGUUGCAGCGCUCCUUCCAGCAGUUCGCCCUCAUUUGGUGCCGUAGAGGAUAUGUGCACUACGAUAGGACUCCUCGCAAAUCAACUUAAUAGCUUGAUGACUAAUAUUCAAAAUGCUCCACAACCACUAUACGAUGUCAGUGGAGGUGUUCAACGCGGGUAUAGGCCCGGUACGAAUCCUAACACCCAAUUGCCUCCCGUUCCGAUGCCUCCGCCUAGAUCGAGUUCGAGCUGCUGCUGUAAAACGAAAACUAGGAAAAGACUUAUAUAG